UUGACCAAACCCAAUCAGACCCAAAACCCAAACCAUGCACUAUUCACUAAUCACUACAGUAUACCAAUAUGUAAGUCCAGCCCACUCAACUACCAAUAAAAAAAAUACAACUUAAUGUACACCCUACUAGCCAAUCAAAACCCCCCACCAAAUGGCCAAACAGUAACCUUUUUCUCCUAUAAAACGGAAGACCUCUUCUUUUCUUCAGCUUCUUCCCAAGACAUUCUUCCCUUUACACAGACAGAGCUCGAGAGAUACCGGAACAAAUAUGAAAUGACCACUACUCUUCUUCCUCUUUAACCACAAGUCCACAUACAACUACUCCUUCUUCCCCACGAUUUCCAAUCUCUUCUGCUUCACUUCUUACAGAGAACAGAGAGCUUCCCCUUCCCUUUUCCUCAUAAACGAACACACUAAAGAAGAGACAACAAAGGCAGCAGCAAGAAGUUUGGAGAGAAGACAGAACCGACAACAAGCAUCAGAUAAACAAGGAUUCAGACAUGGCAGACAACCAUCAAGAGAGCAAAACCAACUCCACAGCCACUACCGUCGCUUCAGAAUGUUCGCCAUUGAGCACUAGUAUUGUUGCCCCAUCCAUGGCUCCUCCUUUCACCGGAUUCCUCGAAAGAAUUUCUAGCUGGACUUGGAUGAAACCAAACACCGUGGGAAGCAGCACAAGACAGCGAGUUUUCCGAAGGGAUGUCGAAGAGGACGAGCAGCUUCCUUGUGCUGCUGCUCACUGUCUCUCUUCUUACUACAGCGUCUUCGUCGUUCGACUCGCCAUCAUGGUGAUGCUCGCAAUUCUGAUAGGCCUUCUCACCAUACUCACCUGGCAUUUCACCAAGAGCUACACCAAGAAGUCGCUCGACACCCUAGCUUCGGGCCUUCGUUACGAGCUCUUACAGCGGCCCAUCUUGCGCAUGUGGAACAUCGUCAACUCCACUUCCGAAAUCACGACUGCCCAAGUCAAGCUCACCGAAUACGUCCUGAGACGCUACAACAAUCCCUCCACUCAAGCUGAACAAGUAGAGUUGUACGAAGUGAUGAGAGAUGUAACGUGGGCACUAUUCGCGAGCAGGAAGGCUCUCAACGCAAUCACCAUAAAUUACAGAAACGGAUUCGUCCAAGCGUUCCACCGAGACCACAUCACCAACAACACCUUCUACAUCUACUCCGACCUCGUCGACUACUCAAUCACCACCACCACCACCACCAACAAUGGCAUCAACGCCACAAUGUCCACAACCGCCCACCGAGGGUGGGGCGUCGAUGCCAUCCAAAACAACUUCUCUGCAAUUUGGUACCGAGAGCCGCUCGACCCUGUAACCGGCGACAAGCUAGGGAAGGCGCAACCGAUUCUCCCCGACGAUUUGAUCAACAUUGCGGGGCUUUCACAGGUGCCGGAUGGAGUAGCCUCGUGGCACGUGGCGGUGAGCAAGUACGCCGACUCGCCGAUGCUCUCCGCGGCGUUGCCCGUCUGGGAUUCUUCCAACAAGACCAUCAUCGCCGUUGUGGGUGUCACCACCGCACUCUAUAGCGUCGGGCAGUUGAUGAGGGAGCUUGUGGAGGUUCACAGCGGCCAUGUUAUCUACUUGACCUCUCAAGAAGGGUAUUUGCUCGCCACUUCCACGGAUGCGCCUCUCUUGACCAAUUCAUCGUCGGGGACCAAGCUUAUGAUGGCUGUCGACUCUGAAGAUCCCACGAUAAGGAACGGUGCUCAGUGUUUGAAUCAGAUCUACGGGAAUAACUUCCCACCGGGGCAUGUGGUUCACGUUGAGAAUGCUCAUCUUGGGCACCAGCAGUACUAUAUUGACUCCUUCUUCCUCAAUCUCAAGAGACUCCCCAUAGUCGGGGUGAUCAUGAUUCCAAGAAGCUACAUAAUGGGGAAGGUGGACGAGAGAGCGUUCAAGACAUUGGUGAUAUUGAUUUCUGCAUCUCUGUGCAUUCUGGUAGCUGGGUGUGUCUUCAUUUUGAUUCUCACCAAUGGAGUGUCCAAGGAAAUGAAACUGAGAGCAGAGCUUAUCAGCCACCUUGAUGCGAGAAGGAGAGCCGAGGCAUCCAACAAUUAUAAGAGCCAGUUCCUUGCAAACAUGAGUCAUGAAUUGAGGACUCCUAUGGCUGCAGUUAUUGGAUUGCUGGACAUUCUAAUCUCUGAUGAUUGUCUCACAAAUGAGCAGUAUGCAACAGUAACCCAGAUCAGGAAAUGUUCCACAGCUUUGCUCCGCCUUCUUAACAAUAUAUUGGAUAUCAGCAAGGUUGAGUCUGGUAAGCUGGUUUUGGAAGAUGCUGAGUUUGAUUUAUGCAGAGAACUUGAAGGACUCAUGGACAUGUUCUCUGUACAGUGCAUUAGCCAUAAUGUGGAGGCCGUUCUUGAUAUUUCUGACGAUAUGCCAAAACUAGUACGAGGAGACUCUGCCCGGGUUGUUCAGAUAUUUGCUAAUCUCAUAAGCAAUUCCAUCAAGUUCACGACAUCUGGUCACAUUAUCUUGCGAGGCUGGUGCGAAAACUUGAACAGCUUCGAUUAUGCUGCCAAGUUCCCUUCCGAUCACAAGAAAAUGAGAUGUGCAAUCAAGGCGAAGCUGAGGCAACAUGGGAAUCAUACAAAGAAAUCAAAUAGGAAGGAGAAUAAAGUAAUUCUGUGGUUUGAAAUUGACGAUACAGGCUGUGGAAUUGAUCCAAGCAAAUGGGAAUCUGUAUUUGAAAGCUUUGAGCAAGCUGAUCCUUCCACUACACGAUUGCAUGGUGGCACUGGCCUUGGAUUAUGCAUCGUUCGGACCUUGGUGCACAAAAUGGGUGGAGAAAUAAAGGUUGUGAAGAAGAAUGGAGCGGGAACUCUAAUGCGACUCUUCUUACUUCUAAGUACACCAGCAGAUUGUACAGAUAUACACCCUCAAACGGAUAUCGUUAGGCAUAAUUUGGUGGUCUUGCUUGCACUCUACGGAACCAUGGGAAGAGUGGUUAUGUCCAAAUGGCUACAAGGUUUGGGACUUCCCACACUAGGGAUUUCAGAGUGGAAUGAGCUAACCCAAGUCCUCCAUGAACUCUUUCAAUCAAAAAGACAAAAAAGUAACAACAACAAUAACAUUAGCAACAAUGGCAGUAGUAACAUUGAUGGGCAUCACCCACUGAAGGAGCCACUAAAGGCCGAAGUCAUUCGUGUUCAAGAAAUGAAGGAGCAUUUGCUAGUCAUAGUUGUGGACAUAGGGCUGCUUGACUUGAGCACAGAGAUAUGGAAAGAGCAGCUCAAUUUCCUGGACAACUUCUCAGAGAAAGCCAAGUUCGCCUGGAUGCUGAACCAUGACACUUGUAACCCGGUGAAGAUGGAGCUUCGCCGCAAAGGGCACAUGUUGAUGGUGAACAAGCCGUUGUACAAGGCAAAGAUGGUUCAGAUCCUUGAGGCCAUUAUCAAAGAGAAAAAUGUAGGUCGACAAAGGAGCUAUAGUAGGGAUAGCAGUGAUAUGCAUGAGUGCGUGGAGAUUGAUCCCACUCAAUUUGAAACCGCAAGCUCAGAGGAUUUCGAAGUGUCCAGCCCUAACAAGCAAGGAAGUGAAAAUAAAUUUGGGAAUGGAAAUUGGAACAGCUUGGUUUCUGCCACAAGGUCAGCGGAGAGUAAACAAAAGUGUUCAAUUGUUGAAAUGACGGGUGGAAAUUCAGAUGAAGGAAGUUGCAAGACGGAAAGGAAUGCGGUGGAUGGGAAACAUGUGAAAGCUCUUGAUGGAUUGAGGAUUCUACUGGCAGAAGACACACCAGUCCUGCAGAGAGUUGCGACCAUAAUGCUGGAGAAAAUGGGUGCUAGUGUCGUUGCUGUAGGCGAUGGACUUCAAGCUGUGGAAGCCCUAAACAGUAACGUAAUGACAUGUGGGAGUGCAGCCGCAAAUUCACCUGAGAUUCAAGACUCUCAGGCGUUCGACCUUGUUUUGAUGGAUUGUCAGAUGCCGAAGAUGGACGGAUAUGAAGCAACAAAGGAGAUCAGGAGAUGGGAAGAAGGAAGAAUUGGGGUUCAUAUCCCGAUUGUGGCAUUGACGGCCCAUGCAAUGUCAUCAGAUGAAGCUAAGUGCUUGGCCGUGGGGAUGGACGCUUAUUUAACAAAGCCAAUUGAUUAUAAGCUAAUGGUUUCCACCAUUUUAUCACUUACUAUACCAAUAACGACUUCCUAGUAGUCUUCUCUCGACCUUUAAACCCCUCAUUUUGGCACUAAGAGAAAAAUGAGACUUAUCACAAACGUCAAAACGAUCCUGUCAUUUUUGUAGGAUGCAACAAUAUGAGGCCAGAGAUUGGCAGGGUUCCACAAAAGGUUGUAUGUAUGUGUAAAGUGUAACAUAUCAUCAUCGGCUCUUUUGUUGCUUAACUAACAAAAGGAUCCAUUGUGACAUUUGAAUUGUGAAAAUGUUCAACAUGUACAAAUCAUAUUGUUGGCUUCAUUAUGCAAAUGAUAUAAACGCAUGGAUACUAUG